AUGGGCCGACCUCAAUACCUCAUUGUGACGUUCAGUAUUCUGUUUCUGUACAUCUUCCUCCGCCGAGCUUCCCUCGCGUACUCCUUCAGAAGUCGUUUCAACUUUCUCAACCCAGGAGUGCUUAUGCUCUGAUCAUCAGCUUUAUCUCAAGGCUGCUACUUGCUAGCCCAGAACUUUAAAUAUGCAAACUCAAUGUCAUUAACGGUAAUGACAUCCUAUUCAAUCUAUUUCAAAAGUCUGCCCUAAAAACGAAUUUGUUCUGCUAAUCAUCCUAAACUUCCUUUCUGAUUCAUAACCAUUAACCAAAAAAGAAACAGGACUGGAAAAUCGAAUCUUUUGCACGGAAAAUAGGAACGCUACAAAGAAUUUUUCGAAAGAGAUCGGAAAGCUCCGUCUUGUCUAGGGUUUAUAAACGAGGAAAGAGAGAUGACCUCGAACUCGAAAGCUUAGUGCUUUUAAGGCAUUGGGGUAAAGAAAAAGGUAUUUGUUGUCUCGAAGAGAUCGAACACUUCGUCUAACUUGAUGCUGUCGCUUGCAAGACGGUUGCAGAGGUUGCAGCCCUUCGCUCAAUAUGAGACUGAACAGCUCCAUUUGGCGAGAAGCGGCGCCUUGGCUGCAUGUUUUUCUACCAGUAGCAAUAGUACUAGUGCAAGGAGGAAGAACAAGUUCCAGACCGCGAAAAUGAAGAAGUUGGAUGAUAAAACGGAAUGGUGGGUGGUGGACGGCGAGAUGCACGAAAUCGGAGAGAACGUUCCACUAAGAGAGCGCUUUGUCAUCCCAAGAGACAACCUACCUAAUAAACGCCGUAAGCAGAUGAGGGAGCAGUUCAUGCGCAGAACCCGCCUAGUUCUCAAGGAAUCGGAACAUGAGCCUUGGUGUAAAAGAUACAUGGAACUAUAUCAGGAGCUCAGAGAAAACUGGGAAAGAUUAUACUGGGAUGAAGGGUAUUCAAAGAAACUUGCCCAAGAUCAUGCCAAUUAUGAAUCUGCUGAAGAUGAUGAUCUAGAUUUUUCACCCUACAGGAGAAAGCGAUCCCAAGCUGAACAAAAUAAGGAUCUCAAGACGGGGAUGAAGAUUGGUGGAGGGCAUGAGGCACGUGGAUUGUAUUACCUUGAUGGUGGUGGCCCUCCAGUAGCUUUUCAGUUGUCUCUUACUCCUCUUCAAUGGCACAACAGACUUGGUCAUCUUUCUCUCAAGGUUUUGAAGUUGCUGGUUCCGGAAGUCAUCUUUCAUCGUUGGAUUGACCUAAGUUUUGGGAGAAACAGAUAUGGUGAUACCUGGGAAAAAGUUGGCCAAAUCCGGGACAAGUUUGAAUACGAUAGAGAAAAAAGAAUGAGAGAGAAAGCAUUUGCUCCCAUGAAUAGUGGGAUUGGGUUCAAUUUUCGUGAUUCCAGUUCCAGGAAUCAGCCAUUUGAUGCCCAUAAAUACUUUUCUGAGUCUGAAAGGGACAGGGGAGAAGUCUCGCAACAUACUGAUUACUAAUUGGAUUUCACAACCAUCAGUGCAUGUAAUCCUGAGAUGGUUAGAUGUGUUGCCUUUCUCAUUCCAUUAUACCUUGAACUCUUGUACCUAGGAAUCUAGGAUCAGUGAUUGAGAAGGCAAGCUUUCAUGGUUGGAAACCAGGUAUACAAGUGCUUAAUUAUGUAGGAAAUUUUCUGUUGUUGAUUUGCACUUUAUGUUCUCUUAAUUUAAAUUUUCUGUGCAUGCAUAAAGAUAUACUAUUUACUUUAUGCAAGAUGUAGGAAAUCCAUGGCAAACCCCUGUUUUAGCCGGUGCAAAGAUAACAUGGCCACUGGUCAAUCGAGACCAUCUAUCCGAAAGGUUUUCUACUUAUCUUUUCAGGUUAAUUCAGUCCUGUCUACUAGAGAACGGUGAUCUCUUUUCCGGUGUGAAGGAAACUUGUAUGAAAAGAACAUGUCGAGUGCUUUUGUGCAUCUAGAGGUAUAGGACGACUGUAUAUAAGAUUCCCGCGCAAGCUCCAAGUUUUUUUGUUUUUUUGCUGGUAAUGCCAAUCAUCCUUGGGUCAUUGGUCGCCUAACUGAUUUCUGUCAUAAAUCCAUUCUUGUAUUGUAAAUUAUUCGAUGUCCA